GGUUCCACAAUGCCAGUUUCCCAAGCCACCACAUCACACGUUCUGGAUCAUUCCCAGGUCAUCCCUGCCACGACAUUCGCCUCUCUGCCAAGAUGCCAGCCCACUCGCCGCUAGCCCUCAGUGCGCCGCUGGUCCGCCCCUCCGCGCCAUGCCCGCUGCGCGCGUCGCUUCUUCCCGCCAGCCGCGCCGCCAAGCCACCGCCCGCCGCCUUCGUGCGACUGGGUGCGAGGCAAUGCACUCACCUGGGUCGCGCGCCGUCGCGGUUCUGCGACAGCAUCGUCGCACGUAGCGCAGCCGCGCGCUCGCAAACCUCCGCCUCCCCCACGGAGAGAAGAGCGGGCAGUAGCGGCCCCGCGGAGGGGGAGGCGGAGGCGGAGCGGGAGUAUGACGCGGUGGUGAUCGGCGCGGGGAUGGGCGGGCUGGUGGCGGCGACGCAGAUGGCGGUGCGCGGCAUGCGCGUGCUGCUCCUGGAGAAGUACCUCAUCCCGGGCGGCAGCUCCGGGUGGUACGAGCGCGACGGGUACACGUUCGACGUGGGGUCGUCCGUCAUGUUCGGCUUCGGGGACAAGGGCAACGUGAAUCUGGUGACGCGCGCGCUGGCAGCGGUGGGGAGGAAGCUGCCGCUGCUGGAAGACCCGGUGGCCGUGCACUACCACAUGCCCAAGGGGCUCAGCGUGCAGGUGCAUCGCAGCUACGAGCAGUUCCUAGGCGAGCUGACGUCACGCUUUCCACAUGAGAAGGAGGGCAUUCGCAAGUUCUACGACGAGUGCUGGGUGGUGUUCAACGCGCUCAAUGCCUUGGAGUUGCAGUCGUUGGAGGAGCCGCUCUACCUGCUGGGCCAGUUCUUCCGCAACCCCCUUUCCUGCCUCACCCUCGCAUACUACCUGCCGCAGAACGCGGGCGACAUCGCGCGCAAGUACAUCAAGGACGCCGACGCCCUCGCCUUCAUCGAUGCCGAGUGCUUCAUCGUGAGCACAGUGAAUGCCGCCAACACCCCCAUGAUCAACGCCGCCAUGGUGCUGUGCGACCGUCACUACGGCGGCAUCAACUACCCGCAGGGUGGUGUGGGGCGCAUCGCCCAGGAGCUGGUGGCGGGGCUGGAGGAGAGGGGCGGCGAGGUGUGGUACAAGGCGAACGUCACUGAAGUGCUCUUUGAUGAGCAAGGCCGCGCCGCGGGCGUGAAGCUGAGUGACGGGCGCAGUGUGCGGGCCAAGACCGUCGUUUCCAACGCCACAAGAUGGGACACCUUCGGAAAGCUGGUGCCCGCGGAGCGCAUGCCGGCGGAGGAGCGGGCCUUCCAGCAGCGGUACCGCCAGGCGCCCUCCUUCCUCUCCAUCCACAUGGGCGUCAGGGCCUCCGCGCUGCCGCCCGGCACCGAGUGCCACCACCUGGUGCUGGAGACGGAGUGGGGGCGCAUGGAGGAGCCGUAUGAGAGCAUCUUCCUCAGCAUCCCCACGGUGCUAGACCCCUCCCUGGCCCCCCCUGACCGCCACAUUCUGCACGUCUUCACCACCGCGUGGAUGCACAACUGGCAGGGCAUGAGCACGGAGGAGUACAACGCCAAGAAGCAGCAGGUGGCGUCGCAAAUCAUCGCCCGCCUCGAGAGGUCCCUCUUCCCUGGCCUCUCAGAUGCCAUUGAGCUCAUGGACGUGGGCACGCCUCGCACGCACCGGCGCUUCUUGAACCGUGUGGACGGCACGUAUGGCCCCAUCCCGGCCAGGCGGCCCCUCGGGCUCCUCGGCAUGCCCUUCAACACCACGCAAGUGCCCGGGCUGUACUGUGUGGGCGACAGCUGCUUCCCCGGGCAGGGCGUGAUCGCGGUGGCCUUCUCCGGCAUCAUGUGCGCGCACCGGGUGGCGGCCGACCUCGGCUAUGAAAAGCGCAACCCAGCUCUGGAUACUGGACUAUCCAAGCUGCUCGCCUGGUUUCGUACCCUAGCAUGAGUUCAGUAAUUGUGCAUCAGUGGUGUUGUUUCCUUCUGCUUUUCAGCAUGAUUUGUAGUACCGUAAAAGCCCGGAUAUAAAACCCCCAUGGAAUAGAAGAUACUAUGUCUUGUAUUAGGCAUCUAUCUUGUAUUAGGAUUUCCCGUUUAUAAGAUCAGAUUUUAGAGCGGUAUGAGAUAAGAUACACCCCUCCCCCCUUAUUUUCCCGCCACAAUGGUAGGAGGGGGCAAUCAGGCCCCUAAAUAUGAGCCUUUUUAUGC